UUGUGUAUUGCUCCUCCCCCCAUCUUGCGCGCUCUUUUUGUGCGGCGCGUUGCUUUCUGGUCGGCGUCUGUGCCUUCAAAGUUCGGGAAGACACAAUCAUGGCGUCCCUCGAGUCGCAUGCGACGACUCUGAUCGUCGUGGCAUCGGUGAUCGGCCUUGUCUUCGCCGCUGUCCAGUUCAUGCUCAUCGCGAAUGUCAAACUUCAGUCCGGAGAUGAAGACACCGCCAGCCUCACCACGAGCGUCAGCUCGGAGCGCACCAAGCGCCUCAUUGAGAUUUACGAGGCGAUCCGCCACGGUGCCGACGCCUUCCUGUCCGCGGAGUACACCAUCUGCUGCAUCUUCAUCGUGAUCUUCGGAUCCGUGGUAUUCUUCCUCGUCGGCGUGGGCCAGGACUCGUGGGUCCAGGGCGCCUUCACCACCGGCGCCUUCGUGCUCGGAGCCAUCACUUCCAUCCUCGCCGGGUACAUCGGCAUGAAGGUGGCUGUGUACUCGAACGUGCGCACGACGAUCGGGGCGCAGCGCGCGGGCUGGGCGGCGGCGUUCAACGUGGCCUUCCGCGCAGGGUCCGUGAUGGGCUUCGCGCUCACCAGCAUGGCCGUGCUCGUCCUGUACAUCGCGCUGUGGGGCUACCGCCAGUACUUUGGUGACGACGAGUGGAAGGUGAUGAUGAACUGCGUCUCCGGCUAUGGGCUGGGCGGGUCCUCGAUCGCCAUGUUCGGCCGCGUCGGCGGCGGCAUUUACACCAAGGCUGCUGACGUCGGUGCGGAUCUGGUCGGCAAGGUCGUGCACGGCAUCCCCGAGGACGACCCGCGCAACCCGGCGACCAUCGCCGACAACGUGGGCGACAACGUCGGAGACGUUGCUGGUAUGGGCGCGGACCUCUUCGGCUCCUACGCCGAGGCCACCUGCGCUGCUCUCGUUAUCGCCGCCACCUGCCCGGAUCUCGUGGAGGCUGGCUGGGGCGCGGUUGUUUUCCCCAUGGAGGUGUCUGCGGGCGGUCUGCUCGUGUGCCUGCUGGCUUCCUUCCUCUCGACCGACCUCUUCCCCGUGAAGGAGGAGAAGGACAUCGAAUGGUCGUUGAAGAUGCAGCUGAUCGUCACAACCGUGCUCAUGGUGCCCGUGACCUACGUGCUGUCCGUCUCUUUCCUUCCCAGCUACUUUGAGAUCAAUGCUAUGGACGGAAGCACCAUCGAGGCCGGGGCGAUGGAUGCCUUCGUCUGUGUGAUCAGCGGUGCCAUCGGCGGUCUCAUCAUCGGCCUGGUCACCGAGUACUACACGUCCCACUCGUACGCCCCGGUCCGCGAGGUGGCCAUGUCGUGCAAGACUGGGUCCGCGACCAACAUCAUCUACGGCCUCGCCCUCGGGUACAAGUCGACGAUCGUGCCCGUCUUUGUGCUCGCCGCCAUCAUCUUCACGUCGUUCCAGCUUUCCGGCACCUAUGGCGUGGCUCUCGCCGCGAUCGGCAUGCUCUCCACCCUUGCCACCGGCCUGACGAUCGACGCUUACGGCCCCGUGUGCGACAACGCUGGAGGCAUCGCCGAGAUGGCUGAGCUUCCCCCAGAGGUUCGCGAGAAGACUGAUGCCCUGGACGCUGCGGGCAACACCACGGCCGCCGUUGGCAAGGGCUUCGCCAUCGGCAGCGCCGCGCUGGUGUCUCUGGCCCUCUACGGCGCCUUCGUUACUCGUCUUUCCGACGAGGGUGCCAGCAACAUGGACGGCGGCGUCAACAUCCUGCAGCCCCUGACCUUCAGCUUCCUCGUCAUCGGCGCCAUGCUCCCCUACUGGUUCUCAGCCAUGACGAUGAAGGCCGUCGGUACCGCCGCCAUGGAGAUGGUGCAGGAAGUGGAGAUCCAGUUCGACGAGAACCCGCGCCUCCUGGACGAGGGCACCUCGGAGCGCCCCAACUACCAGCGGUGCAUCGCCAUCUCCACCCGCGCCGCCCUCAAGUACAUGGUGCCGCCCGGGGCUCUGGUGAUGCUGGCUCCUCUCGUGGCGGGAACGUUCUUCGGCGUCAUGGCCGUGUGCGGGUUGCUCACCGGCGGCAUGGCUUCCGGAGUUCAGGUCGCUAUCUCCAUGUCCAACACCGGCGGGGCUUGGGACAACGCGAAGAAGUACAUCGAGCGGGCCACGCCCGACUCGGACCUCCAGGGCAAGGGAUCCGACAUCCACAAGGCUGCCGUCGUCGGUGACACCGUGGGUGACCCGCUUAAGGACACCUCCGGCCCUUCCCUCAACAUCCUCAUGAAGCUCAUGGCCAUCAUCUCUCUGGUGUUCGCCGAGUACUUCCAGGCCAUCAACAACGGCCAGGGAGCGUUCAACAUCGAGAGCUAAAUGUGUUGGUUUGGCGGCAUGAUGGCCGAAUGUUGUUGGUUGGGGGGUGAAGGAGGGUAUAUAUAUAUACCCAUACCCGCCCGUUCGAUCCGGCCUCCCUUUUCUCGUGAGAUUCCGGGGGAGGGGGGGCUCGGGGCGAUAGAUAAGAUGCACGCCAGAAUGUGUUGCGAGGCUGUAGCUGAUGGCGUUAGGGAGGGGGGGACUAACGAGGGGGCAUGAUCACCACAGGAUACACUUCCCGCCGGUUGGUCUUUGCGUUUUAGAAGAAUGGAGCAGGGUGUUUACUUUUACUUGCGUUGAUUCUGGAAUAGAUUGUGGACCCCGUGUUUUAGUCUGUUGGCGUGUUUGUUUCGUGUCCAUCUCGAAGAGGCGUUCGUGGGUCAAGGUUGGGGGCAGAGGGCCGUGUGAGCGCUGAUCGUGUGGUGGAGUUUUUUCGGACAACACAGCAUGAGUAGUAGUAGUUGUAGUAGUUCGUUGGUGGCUCGGAAAAUAGUCAACCUUUUGAGAAAAGUUGGAUGCGUCUUGCGUUUGGUUGGCACUCUUGGGCUAGAUAUAACUGGGACUUGGCGUAGUCGUUGUGAGGGUGAAAAGAGUUGUUUUGGUUCCCCUCAACCCGCUUGCUUGUCUCCAUCAUCAUCGGUGCUUCUUGUGCGAGUCCCGUCUCUUUACGAUUGGUGCCACUGCUGCUGCUGCUGCUGCUGCUGCUGCUGCUUUUGUUGGGUUGCGGCGACGAAGUCGUGGUUACUGCUGUUUUGUGGAGAGAGCAGCAUCGCCUUGGGGCAUAGAGAAUUUCGCCGUGUGUGUCGAAUCUCUGUAAAUGAUGAUACCAACAUGCACGGAUUUUUGUCUCGAUCUUGGGUCCGGUUCGGUUUGGUCACAACUCGGAGAACCGGGUUCCGUGGGAACGAGCGAGUGAGUGGUGUUUGCUGCUUGCAACCCGCUCCUCGCGCUCUCAUUCAAAUACAUAACCUGUCCAGCAGCAGUAGUUGUCGUUUUACCUUUCUUCUGCAGUUCGACCCUGCAUAACUUGUUCUGCUCUGCAUGCCGAUGGGUGGAUGUAAAUGCUCCACUGGUUCUUCUCGAGAGAUAUCGGUGCCAAGAUGUUCAAUUGGUGUAAAAAAAUUGAAGAGCAGCUGAUUUCUCCCUCCUUUCGGUACUCUUGCCUUUUCGCUUGGUUGAGUCUGCUGCUGGUGGUGAGAGGCUGAUUAGUCUAAAUCGUCGCUUGUGUUCGGUUGUUGAUCGAAAUGUGUCCCUACAAGUCGACCCACAGGCAAACAAGUACACCUGGUGAGUCUAAGAUGCUACUUUUCACCGACCCUUGAGAGGUGUAAUCGGCGACGAGCGUGACGAUCAUUUUUUCUUACGUACCACCACUCCUCGAUUCGGAUCAACAUAACGACGAAUUGCU